AUGGGCGAUGGGGGGCUGCCGCCCGACUGCGGCCCCCAGAACCGGUCGGUGGUGCCGCCCGGGAGCAGGCAGCUGCCCGCCGCCGAGCUGCUGUCGCAGCAAUGGGCGGUGGGGAUGAGCCUGCUGAUGGCCCUGGUGGUGCUGCUCAUCGUGGCCGGGAAUGUGCUGGUGAUCGCGGCCAUCGGGAGAACGCAGCGGCUGCAGACCCUCACCAACCUCUUCAUCACCUCGCUGGCCUGCGCCGACCUGGUGAUGGGGCUGCUGGUGGUGCCCUUUGGGGCCACACUGGUGGUGAGGGGCACCUGGCUCUGGGGAUCUUUCCUCUGCGAAUGCUGGACGUCGUUGGAUGUGCUCUGCGUGACAGCCAGCAUCGAGACCUUGUGCGUCAUCGCCAUCGACCGCUACCUGGCCAUCACCUCGCCUUUCCGCUACCAGAGCCUCAUGACCAAGGCUCGGGCCAAGGGCAUCAUCUGCACCGUCUGGGCCAUCUCCGCCCUGGUCUCCUUCUUGCCCAUCAUGAUGCACUGGUGGCGGGAUGAGGACCCCCAGGCACUGGAGUGCUACCAGGACCCAGGCUGCUGCGACUUCGUCACCAACAGGGCUUAUGCCAUCGCCUCGUCCAUCAUUUCUUUCUACAUCCCUCUUCUCAUCAUGAUCUUUGUGUACCUCCGGGUGUACAGAGAGGCCAAGGAGCAGAUUAUGAAGAUUGACAGGUGCGAGGGCCGGUUCUAUGGCAGCCAGGAGCAGCCACAGCCCCCCCCACCUCCUCACCACCAGCCCAUCCUCGGCAACGGCCGAGCCAGCAAGCGAAAGACCUCCCGCAUCAUGGCCAUGAAGGAACAGAAAGCCCUCAAGACUUUGGGCAUCAUCAUGGGAGUGUUCACCCUUUGCUGGCUCCCUUUCUUCCUGGUGAACAUCGUCAACGUCUUCAACAGAGACCUGGUGCCGGACUGGCUCUUCGUUUUCUUCAACUGGUUGGGCUACGCCAACUCUGCUUUCAACCCCAUCAUCUACUGCAGGAGCCCCGACUUCCGUAAGGCCUUCAAGAGGCUGCUCUGCUGCCCCAGGAAAGCCGACCGGCGGCUGCACGCCAGCGGUGGGGAGCUGGCCCCGCUGCCCGGGGGCUUCAUCAGCACCGUGGGCUCCCCCGAGCGCAGCCUGGCAGGGACCUGGUCCGACUGCAACGGAGGCACAAGGGGCGGCAGCGAGUCCAGCCUGGAGGAGAGGCAUAGCAAAACAUCCGAUUCGGAGUCCAAGGAGUACGUGGCUGGGAGUCAGGAGACCAGAAUAUUUAAGAUUACAGAGGAUGUGUAAUUUGAAAGCUAAAAAUGGUCUCGAGUAGAAAGAAACCUCCGUAUGCGGUACACGCCACCCCACAAGUAAGUCCACCUCGUGCCGACAGUGGGCUUGAUCCUGCCUGAGUGAGGUGGGUGCUGUGUGCCCGGCGGGUCCCGGUGCUGAGCGUGGAAGCUGGGGGAGAUCCCUGCCCGAAAAGCAGCCGGAGGAGGCUCAUGUAAAGGGGAGAUGGCAGCCAGGGAGCUGGUCACAGGAGUCUGGACUUUGGUUCCCUCUUACUGUAAAGAAGGAGUUAAACCUCUGAGGGAAC